AUGGAUAACUCACAAAUCGCCCCCCCUCUGGAUCUGGAUCUGGAUCUGGAGCAGCUGUGGGCGGAUUUUAUCGACAUACCAACGACUCCUCGCCUCGCGGCUGAUUAUGACAAUCCCUUCUCGAUGGAACCGCUCAACACACCCGUCUGUCCAAACAAAGAAGUCCUCACGCCAUUCGUCGUCGAAUGCAUGUUUUAUCCCAGUUAUGAUUCCCAGCGCUGCUUUCCCUGGACUGGGCCAGACCCGUUGUCUUUUCACACUUGCGCCGACGACAUCUUCCUCUGGAUGUCUGCAUUUCUGCUUUUCGAGCCGAUACACGAAGUGGCAGAGGAAUACCCCUUUUUCCUACCUCGCGUUGAGUCGACCCUGGGAAAUCUGCCUCGAAUUCGUGGGCAGGUAUGUGAUAUUAUCUCGCGGCAGGACAGCCAAGGGGCUUGGGGUGAUUCGCAUUUUCAAAUGUACAUGUGGCCGCGGAAAGAGGCAAUGUCGGGCCUUAUCCGGGAGAACGCGUUUUCGUGCGUUCGCUCAGCCACGCCCGUGUCAGCGCUCGAUCCGGUCAGCGAGGAUGGUCGUGGACCGGGUCUGUUUUACCUGGCGUACGGCAAGAGUGAGGGCCACAGCUAUGCUGUGGCUGGGGCGAUCCAUUGA